AUGAAGCGUGAAAGGAUGUGGCGAAGCACACUGCUUCUGUUGUCAGUAUUCGGCGCACUACUUCAGCAGAUCUCCGGACAGGAUGUGAACGUAUCCUCACCAGUGGAGGAAACGGACGAAAACAUCAACUUCUCGUUCGAUCGGCUAAUCCUGCUGGAGGAGAAGCUCACCGUGUUCGACAUCAAACGCAUCGCUAGCGGAUGGAGUACGCUAAGGCCUCGUCUCAGUGCGCAGUGCGGUGAACAGAUGACGCAAUAUCUGCAGGGUCUGCAGCAGGAGAAGCUGUGGGCAUUAAAGAUGGAUGACUCGUCAGGCAAAUACACGAAAGGAUUCUUCUGGGGCAACAACUACUGGACGGGCUCGAUGGAUCAGUGCUCGUACAUUCAUCAGAAUGAUUCCGCUUCCGACCCAGCGCCGAAGAAGAAGGGCCGCAACACGGACAUCACCUAUAUCAACGGGAACUUCCUUGGAUCGUCCGAAAUGGAACAUCAAAAUCCACCCUUCAUGCCCGGCUUUUACAUGGCAAAAAUACUGAUCAACGGUACCGAAUCAUUCAAUGCGAUUCGUACAGUUGUUGUGGGACUUUGCUUGCCGAGUGCUUGUAGUAUUGCUGAUGUAGAAACGCUACUGAAGCUAGACAUCAGUCGACGACAUGUUGAGCAGGAGCUGGUUAGCGUACGAUCGCCAACACUGAACAAUUUUUCACUCUGGGAUGAUUUUACCUUCCGGAUCUUAUUCAUCUUCUCGGUGAUCGUAGUCAUCCUGCUAAUCAGCGGUACCGGUUACGAUCUUGUCCUGCGCCGCCGUUACAAAGCCAAGAUGCGCAUCAAGAGCUACUGCAAGGAGCUGACCGGGGACAUGACGAAUGGGUUGGGCUGCACCACGUACGAUCUGACGCGCCGCGAGCCGGAAGAGAACGGCAAAGGUAACUGCACCGUUAUCCGGGUACCGACCAGCGUUAACAAUAACAACUCCGAUGAGAACCUUGCCGUGGAGCUGACCGCAACGGAGGAAACCAAGUUGAGUUUGUGGGCUGAGCUGCUACUGUCCUUCUCGGUGGUGACCAACUUUAAGGCGAUUUGUGACAAAAAUGUCGGUAACGAUACGAUCCCUUCGAUCCACGGACUGCGUGCCAUUUCUAUGGCGUGGGUUAUUCUCGGCCACACUAUGAUCGUCGUGUUCAAAUACUCCGACAAUAUGGAGCUCCGGAAGGUGGUGGAGAAGGAGUUCCUGUUCCAGAUCGUCCUGAACGGCGCCUACAGUGUCGACACGUUCUUCUUCAUCAGUGGAUUUUUGGUUUCAUUUAUCUAUUUCCGUACAAAUGCAAAGGGAAAGCUAGAGAAGCUCACCAAGGGUGUGAAUGAAUUUACGGCAGGAACGUUCCACUUCUUCGGUCUCGUUGGCUAUCGAUUUGUGAGACUAACUGCCCCGUACCUGUACGUACUCGGAGUCGUGGAAGUGGUGAUGCGUUAUCUGGAGCAAAACUCCGUGUUUGAACCACCGACUCAGGAUCAUAUCAACUGUCCAAAGUACUGGUGGCGUAAUAUCCUCUACAUUAACACACUCUUCCCGGUGGAGCAGAUGUGUAUGCUCUGGAGUUGGUAUCUGGCCGAUGACACACAGUUCUACAUUAUCGGUGCGCUGAUCCUUAUCAUUGCCGUCCGUCACUUCAAGUUUGCCGCUACCAUGAUGUCGGUGUUUAUGGUGUCUGCCUGGGCCACUACGGCCUACAUUGCGUUCUCCAACAAUCACAUGCCCGAUGCGGACGAUCCGUUCGCGCUGUUUGACAAGAUCUACGACAAACCCUGGACGCGCCUGGGACCGUAUCUCGUGGGCAUGAGCGUUGGGUGGAUUCUGUUCAAGACGAACUGCAAAAUCAAAAUGUCGUUGCUCACAGUUAUCUCCGGAUGGGUGACCUCCACUAUGAUGAUGUUGUAUCUUCUAUUCGGUCUGUACAAUACAACGCUCACACAAACAGCUGCCGCAGCGUACAGUUCGCUUAGCCACACCGGUUGGGCUAUCGGAUGUGGAUGGGUCAUCGUAGCCUGCUCGUCCGGGUAUGGUGGAUGGGUCAACAAACUGCUGUCCACCCCGAUCCUGUAUCCGUUCUCGCGUGUCACAUACUGCGCCUAUCUGGUACAUCCAAUCAUUAACCGAAUAUUCGCCCUAGAGUCUGACUCGCCCAUCCACAUGACUCCUAAUGCGCUGACAACCGUCUACCUGGGACAGGUGGUGUCAUCCUACGUGCUUGCAUUUAUCAUCUCGCUCUCAUUCGAAGCGCCCGUCGUAACGAUGCUUAAAAUACUCUCCCCGAACCGGAAGAAACGUAUCUAA